AUGAGCUCACCAGCAAAUCCUCCUGGACCUCUCACACCUCCUGCAGAACCCUCGUCCCAAAUCCCACAACCUGCGCCUCAGACCACAACACAACCCCAAGCCGAAGCACUGUUCUCUCAACCCUUGACUUCACUAUCAGACGACGGAAAAUCAAAAAGGCCUCGAGAUCACCGACUGAUUCACCUCUUACUCGUCUCACAUGGAAUCUCAGCGUAUCAGCAACGUGUUCCCCUUCAACUCAUGGAUUUUGCCUAUCGAUACACCAGCUCUGUGCUGAGUGAUGCAUUACAUAUACAAAACGAGGCCUACGAUCAGGCCGAUGGAGGUACCCAGACUAAAGGCCGAGGAAAACAAAAUCAAAGCAAGAGCGAGGAAGGUGAUGUGAGUCUAGCAGCUCUCCGCAUGGCCAUCGGCUCUCGCAUGGGAUACCAAUUUCAAAGCAGCUUGCCCAAGGAAUUUCUCAAGGGCCUGGCAGACGAAAGAAACCGAAUAUCCAUCAUCUCCCAGUCCAGAGAUGGUGAGAAGAGCGGACCGAUGGUCGGAGGUGUCAGACUUCCCCAUGAAAAAUAUUGUCUCACGGGAUUGAGUUGGGGAUUGAAAGAUGAAUGGGAUAGCGAGGGCGAGGAAAGCGUUGCUGAAGUAGAGCCAGAAGAUCGACCAGAACCGGAAGAUUUGAUGCAAAUGGACGAGAAAGGAGAAGAUGACGAGGAAGGGUUGGGUACGAUGGAAGAUGUCUUUGGUCCUGAUGAUGGAGGUGGUGAUAAGGAUGGGGAUAAUGACAUGCAGAUUUCAUGA